AUGAAUCUUAUACAGAAUCAAGUCAACAAGCAAGCAAAGGAUCAAGAUCAUUAUUUAAUUCUUCGAACCACACUAGAAUUAAUAUUUGUUAAUUUGAGUUUAGAAAACUUUAAUUUGGAUAAUAAUUUUUCUAGUAGAAGUAAUAGAAUACGCCCUGAUGGUAAAUUUCUAUGUAAGGACAUAGUUCACCAAUUUGGAAUGGAAGUAGAUGUACUUGAAGUCAGUAAAUCUAAUUCAUCACUUAAUAAGAAAGAAAGGGAUCGAAUAAAGCUUAUAUUAGCAAUGUUAAUGUUUGGAGCCUAUUUACAUUAUAAUUUUGACAGUCAAUAUAUGACAAAUUCUAUCCAAACAUUAAUUGAAGAAAUCGGAUUUAUUACUUUAUAA